GGGUCUCCCGGGCGGUGCCCGGUGAGGCGCAGCCGCCGCGGGCUGUGCCGAGGGGCAGCCCCGCUCCAGGCGCGCAGGGCUGCCGGAGCCCGGCCCCUUUUCCCGGGGGCAGCUGCGGGCCUGGAGCCGCGGGCCGGGAUGAAGCAGGCGCUGGUGGACGACACCGAGGAUGUGUCCCUGGAUUUCGGGAGCGAGGAGGAGCUGGCGCUGCGGAAAGCGCGGAUCAGGCACCCACUGGCCACCUUUUUCCACCUGUUUUUCCGAGUGAGUGCUAUUGUUACCUACUUGUUCUGUGACUGGUUCAGCAACAGCUUUGUUGCCUGUUUUGUCACUAUUCUCCUCCUUCUAUCCUUUGACUUUUGGUCUGUCAAGAAUGUGACAGGAAGACUCUUGGUUGGUUUGCGUUGGUGGAACCAGAUUGAUGAAGAUGGAAAAAGUCACUGGGUGUUUGAAGCAAAAAGGGUGCCUACAAUAGCUGCCUCAACUGAAGCUGAAGCCCGAAUCUUCUGGCUUGGUCUCAUCAUCUGCCCAGUGAUUUGGACAAUGUUUUUCUUUAGCACCUUGUUCUCCUUGAAGCUGAAAUGGCUGGCUCUCGUGAUUGCUGGGAUCUCCCUCCAGACUGCUAAUCUAUAUGGCUACAUCCACUGCAAGUUAGGAGGACCAAAAACCAUCAGCAGAGUAACCUCAAGGUUGUUUGGCACCACAGAUGUUCCCAAGAGACAGAGCAGGAGAAUUGCAGAAGAUGGCACUGAAGAUCAUGGGAAGACAGGCACUAGGUAACCAAAUAAGGAAGAGCUAAAGGAUGAGC